UGGAGUUAAGAAAUAGCUGCAUUAGUAAAAAGAAAAGUGUGUUUCUGGAAAUCAGUUGUAGAAGUGGAUGGUAAAAUACUGAGAUUGCCAUGUGCACAAACAAAUUAGGAAUUUGUGGGUAAAAGGUGCUUCCAAAGUCUUGUCCUCAUAUCUGGUAAACGCAUGCCUGGUUUCAUUUCAUGGGGCAGGCGCAUCAAUGAGAUGCUCCCUGUCUUUUCUAGCAGAAUAUCUAAUUGUCUAAGUCUGAGAGAAGAAGCACAUUAAUUCCUAGAUGUUAUAAAGGAGCCAGCUAAACUGAAUUGCUGUGGAGGAGAUCAUAUUGGGAGGGAUGUUCAUGAGGAGGCCCACCAUGGUUUCUACCAAGCUUCUGUCUUGCUGGAAUAUGGACAAGAUUUAGAAUAUUAAUGACAUGUUAGUGGACUUUUAUCAAAGAGUUUUCCUUUUUGAGAAGUUUCAUGGCUACUGUACCUGCUAACGAACAUGGAAAUCAAAUUAGAGGUUCUAGCCUCUACGUGCAUCAAGCAAAAAAAGCCAUGGCCUCGAAUCACUUGGCUGGGACAGGAAAAAGAAGCAGUUUAUCUUUUAGAUGAUAAAGAUAUAAAUGAAAUUAACCUGGUUUCGGGGAAAACAAAGAAGAAGAUUCCCCAGUUAUCUUCAUUGCUGAAAAAUGUUGUCAUCUUAACAACAUCAAGAAUUUGGUUAGCAGGUUUACUUAAAACAGGAGGGCUUUUUCUGUGGCACAAAGACCAAGACAGUCUCAAAACUGUCCCAGCAGCUGAGGAAAUUACAAAGUUGGUUAAAGUAGCAGAAGAAAGUUCGAUGAGAUUGUACCUAUAUGUUUCUGAUGAUGGAAAUAAGGCACUUCUCACUACUCCAGCUGUCUAUGUCUUUCUGUGGGAAAGCAUGGAAUGUAAAAGUACACUACCUAAAAACUCUGGAAUGGGACAGUGGUCACAAAUUAUUCCCAACGCAUCACUUAUGUUACCAUCAACUGAAGAAAAAGAAACUGCAGUGAAUGCUGAUUUUAUAAAAAAUGAGAUGCUGGGGAGUACCUGCUGUUGUUCUUUUGCAUUUUAUUCUGGAGAAAAAUUGAUGCUUAUAUUUCUGGAAAUUAAGUGGCAAGAGAACAGUUUUAAGAGUGCAAAUUCUUUUCCAUAUCAGGUACACUGGGCACAACAAACAUGCUCCCUGUCUAGCCUGACUCCUCCUUGUAAAUCAAUUAAAUCAAGAGGUGCUUUGCUUACUGCAUUUUCACAUGAUGGGCUUGUGUUAGCAGUGGCUGUAAAUCAAAAGGAUCUACAGUCAUCACAGAUUUUGUUUAUGAGCACCAUGAAUUUUAUUACUGCUUCUGGUAGUCUGAAAGGCUGUGGUAGCAAGAAUCACAAAGUUCCAUCUAAGUUUAUAAGGUCUUACUGGAUUACUGACAUGAGUUGGACUCCUGAUAGUCUUUUUUUGGCUUGCAUGUUAAAACGUGGAUCACUGAUUUUAAUGACUUGUUUGGGUGAAUUGCUGACUUUAGUUACGUAUGGUUGCUCUGUAGAAUUUGGACCGGCAGAAUUUAUUCCUCUUCAUCCUCUAAUAAUGUACAGAUCACAUGACUCUUUGCUUCAGGAUUCAAAUCACUCCUGUGAUUCAUCAGCAUCUGAAAAAGAUCUCACGAGACAGAGGUUUUCGGUAACAUCACACCCAAGUUUACCCUACCUCAUUGCUUCUGAUGGAUACAUAAUCACGGUUCUAAGAUUUUCUGACAGUUUUUCACCUUCAGCAUAUAUGAGAUCAUUGCUACUUGAUUCGGCUCAAAGACUUGAAAAGCUACACCAUGCUCUGAUUUCAUCAAAGUCUAAGAGGAAAAAGCUGCCACUGCAAUCUCUGACUUCCUUAAGAGCUAAUUUAUUACGCCACCAUCAAAUUCAAAGUCCUGCCUUCUCUGCCAUUCCAAAAUUUCUUCAAGAAGAGGAGAGAGCAACAGCAGUAAAAGGAGAAGGAACAUGUUCACAGGAGUACAAUAAAGAAUCUGAAGAUGACAAUCUAAUUCAUAGUCACUCCUUUAUCUGGCAAAGUCAAAAAGUAGAUAUCUCCAUAUAUGAUGAAGGCCGAUUGGAAUUCGCAUCAAUGUUUGACACUAUACAUGCAGUGGAUGAAUGUAAUGGAGAAAAAGAUGAUCAAUCUUUAGAACUGGACUGUAUUCAGAAAAAUCUAAUUGCAGCUUGGAGAGUGGGCAUUUCAAGAAAUAUACAAGAAAGAGACAUACUGUUAAGUUAUACUGUACGUUGCAUUGCACACUUCUUUAAUAUUCUCCAGUAUGCAAAACUUAGCUUUGUACAUUUUGAUAACCCUGUCAAGAAUUGUCCAUGGAUCCAAUGUGUCUUAAAAUGUUUCCAGCAAUUUUUAACUGUCCUGAUUUGGGAUAGUAAGCAUAGACAAACUCUGGGACAUUUGAUGAAGUUCACAUUGCAGACUCUAAAACUCAUACUUGCAGAACAACAAGAUCACAUUUUCGUCAAUAAUCUUUUGGGAGGCUUCUCAUUGCUGAAGAUGGUUUCUCAUUGUUUAAAUGGCAAAAACACACCACGAUAUGCAAUGCUUCCCACAGAUCUGGAUAUGAAUAAUAUGGUGGAAAUAGAUUCCAUAGUGGAAUCUCUCUUUCAAACUAUGGAUUGGAGCAAGCAUCCAAAUUUUUGUGCAUUGGAUUCUGUACUAAAUCUUCCUCUUCCAGCUGUAAACCUGAGGAAUAAUCCAGAAAAAAGACUGAUUGUAAUGUGGCGACUAUUAUAUAAGCAUGUCCUUUGGUACUGGGCACAGUUUAACAGAAAAGAGCAAAACUCCAUUGAACCAAUAACAGAAAUACAAAUGGCUUAUGAAAGACCAGUGACUGAAGCCCUUGCAACUCAUAUACAGGCAAUCUUACAGUCUUCAGGAGAGAAGCUGGAACAUAAUGUCAACCUCAAUUCUGUGACUGGUGAGGAGCAGUUUCUAACAGGAUCUUACAAAGAAUCAAUAGAAGCGUGGGAGAAAGCCAUUCAAGAAACAAAAGUAAAAGGAGGAAAGAAAAUGCCCUUUCUUCAAACUCGAUAUUAUCUUGCUAUAUUGUAUUGCCAUCUGUAUCACUAUAGUUUAAGUGAAGCUCAGGGUCUAUGUGAUCAUCUGGUGAACGAGCUUCUAAAACGAAGUCAAGUUUCUGUAACAGAGAGGAAUGAUAUAUCAGAUGCUGAAUGGGUGGUAAGAGAUAUUCAUACUGAAGCUGCUCUGGCAGUAGUUCAAUCACUAGCAAGAUUCAUGGCAGCUUACUUCACUAAUGAACCACUUUAUAUUCUUCCUCCACACUGCAUUGAUAUUUUACCCCCACUUCACAUCAUGCCAGACAUGUUUGUUCGUGUUGUUCCACUGGAACACUCCAUUGUCACUGGUGCAGUUAGAGACCUUGGACUCUCUUGUGUCUGGACAGUUGAAUAUGCUCUUGAUUUGUUUCUUGUUGGUGGCCUAAUUCCAGAAUCUGUGUGGCUAGCACAUAAACUUGGAGACUGGAAAAUGGCGGUUUCAAUUGGAGUGUCUUAUGAUCUGUAUUGUCAAAGUAACAGUGGCUUCCCAAGGUCAGAGAAAGUAGAACUAUACCUGCCACUGCACUUAACUCCAACCAAAAUAUUUCAAGAAAAACUGCAGUCUUUUUUGGGCCAGUCUAUCACCAGUGAAACAUCAAAUGACCAAGAUCCCAAAUGCAAGCAACUUACAGAUUCUAUUGAAGAAGAAGAUGCACGUGUGCUCUUUAGUUCAGUAGAAGAAAUACUGAAAGCAGCAGUUAUGGCAGAAGCAGACAUUGUCUCAGAGACAUUUCAACAUUUAGUGGAAUUUGUCAAGGAUCUUAGCAAAAAGUUGUAUGGUUUAAUUCCUGAGAGCUUAUAUCUACCUGCACCACCACUGUAUUGUCCUCAACCAGCAUUCCUAAGCGAAGAGGAAUCCACCGAUUUACCAUUAAGAAUGAGGAUAAAUUGUCGACAGAAGUAUCUGGUGUUGUUCAACGAAUUCUUAUAGCUUUUCCCGGCUUCACAUUGUUCCUUUCCUGCUGUCAGGGUAUUUAUGCAGCUGAAACAGACAAGAAAAAUAAUGCAAAAGAUCUACAAAAAGGGUGGUCUUUCAUCAUUAAAUGCUCUUCCAGAAAAUUUGCUUAAUUACUGCCAGUAUCGUACAGUAUUCUUAAGGCCUACAUCUUCUGGAGAUCAUAGACUUGAUGAUGUUUCGUGUAAAACUAUAGGUUGCUUUAGAGAAUUGUGCGCAUUGUGUUGGAUGCUUCAUGUUCGUGAAAGAUUAUCUGACAAUUGCAGACGGUACCAAACUGCAAGGGAGAAUUUGGAAAAUCAGAAAGAAUGCAAGAAAAUUGAAUUUGACACUUGUAUAAUUGAAAACUCUCUCAGUGCAUUGGAGUGGGCUUGUCGAAUGCUCCCUUUUGCUCGCUUCAUGAAUAUUGAAGAACUUGUCCAAGACAUUAUUCUGAGCCUUAUUGGAGAAUUGCCACCAAUAAAAAAGGUGGCAGAAAUUUUGGUGAAAGUAUUUCCUAAUCUUGAAGAUGUAAGAGUCCCAUUAAGAGAUAAAUAUAAUGCUUUGCACCAGCGACUUAGACACUGCAUAGUGAAAGGUUCCAACAGUGAAGAGAUUAUGUCUGUUGUUAUACAGGCUGCUCAUAAAGUGAAUGUGACAACUUUGAAACGUGUGGCGAGAAACAUAGGGCCCCCUCAGAGAAAUAUCUGGGAGCCACCAGAAGUGGAAGCACAAGAUCCUGGAGUUUGCUGCUACGACAGAUUUUCUUUGGGGACUAGUCUAAGCAGAAGCACAAUUUCAGAUGUGGAAAACCCUCUGGCUUACAGUGAUGCUGAAACAGCUGAUUCAUUCUCUGAAUCUUUGCGGAUUGAUGAUAUACGAAAACAUAUCCAUUUUCAGAUGGAAGAAGGUUGCAAUCCUAGGGGACUUCACAGCCAUUCAGGAGAACUGACUGGAUGCAAUAAAAAUGCUGAAAAAUCAGAAGACAUCAGUGUGAAAGGAAGAAGUAAAAUAAAAGAAAACAAUAAAGAUUUAUCUAAUCAACCUAUUUUGCCAGUGGUUGGUGAAUGGGAAUUUGAACGUGAUGAUGAUGAAUACAUUAAGUUUUUAGAGCUUUUCCUAACUUACAUACUUGAGAAAGAUCUGAUCAGUAACAGAGAUUCUUCAGUUCCUUUUCUGGUGAGUUUUUCAGCACUCCUUAGAGAACAGGAACUCAAUUCUCUUCUUUUUGAUGUUCAUACUACACUGAAACGUCGGCAGAUCAGAAUUAAAGGCAAAAAUAUAUUUAGAGCUGGUUCUUGCUACAAUCUUGUUUUUGAACCUGCUAAUUCUCAACUAAUUUCUUUGUGUGAUGAAAAGAAAAAAGAUUCUAAAAAACAAACUCUUCCUGUUCCUGUUCAACAACCAAUUGAGUUUUACAACCAUGAGUUGGUGAUCAGACCAGCCACAAGAAGAGGAUUAUUUGGUCGUAACCAGCAGUUGUUUAAUGGUGUACAUGGUUCCAGUAAAGAGAUACGUCUUAAACCAACACUGACUCAGCAUUCACCUGAACAAACCUCUGUUCCCCAAAGAGCUCCACUUCAUAAAUAUAUCUACAAAGCAAUUAAGAUGAACGAUGUUGUGCAGAGAGAGGAGCCAACUCCAGAGAUGAAGUUUAAAUUUAACAAUGUUGCUCACUUGCUUGAGUGGAUGAUUAGAUGGUCUGAUAAGAGGCUGCUUUAUGAUCCCAUCACAACCGAGCCCUAUUAUGAAUGCCAACCAAUGAUGCAUGUAAAAACAUCUACGUCUGCUAUACUUGCAUCAAUGUGGCUUUUAGAAGAAUACUACAGCAGCAGAUCAGAAGACCAAAGUAUAUGCAUUUGGAAGGCACACAUACAGUCUUCAAGUACCCGUUCUUCAGCAAUCAAAUCCAAACUAGAGAAAGAAAGCAGUGUGGAUACAGGCUACUCUCCAUCACUUGAGGCUCCAGCUGUUAUCCAAGAUGGCCAUGCAUAUGGGGAACCUUGUGAAAGUGCUCCAGGAACAUUGCCUGAAAGACAUUCUGAGAAGAAAGAAAAUCAUUUCAAAGAUCUUUCUGAAACACAUGACCUAGAGAUAGAAGGAAAAAACGUUGAUGCACAUUUGACAGAAAGAGUGAGAAAUGCAGUGGACAUGACAUUUGAAAACAAAGAGCAUUGUGAAGAUCCAUUGUCACUUUCAAAGAGUCCUACGAUUUCUGUCAGUGUGAAAUCAGUACAGCAACAAAAAGAGCUGCCUAUAUCAGAUGUUGAAUAUACACAAGAACCAUUGCUGGAAAAAUUGGAGCAAAACUUUACAAAGAUGGAGAGUUCUCUUUCAGAUUAUCAGCCUUCUUUUACUGCUGUGUCAAGUACUCUUUCAAAUGAGCCUGUUGGCCAAGAGAAAAAAGAAACUGCCGCAAAAGAAUCAACAGUACAGCCACUGAGCACUUCAGAUGCUGUCAGGCAAAUGCUCCAAGAUGAAAUGUUUAAACUGGUUCAGUUACAGCAAAUUAAUUUUAUGAGCCUCAUGCAGGUAGUAGGAUCAUCCUUUGCUAGUCUACCAAAUCUAUCACAGCAGAUGCAUCAGACACAGCCUUUUCAGCUGGGAAGAAGUCAGGCUUUAAGUGUUGGAGGCAAUGAUAUAGAAAGUUCUCCCCACAAACAUCCAGCAGAUGGCUUUCCAAAAACACAAAUGCCAGUUCUAGAAAAUCAUGGGACUGUUAAUAUGGAAAACACUGGAAAUCGUGGAACAAAUGAUUUAUAUAAUCGAAACCAUAAAGAAACUCUUCUAAAUCCUCCACACAUCGGUGAUUCUUCACAUUUACCAGAGAACCAGUCCAGUGGAGCAAGGCCGAUACCACCAUUUCAGAGCUUCCUUCCUCAGGUUCCAGCCAGGCCACUACCUCUUUUGUCUGUUCCCCUAAAUGCUGAAAAGAAACCUAAGCUUAUCCCAAUGGCAAAACCUAUGUAUGGUGCAGAUGGGCUUCCUUUGCUUAAACUUAAUCCAAACUAUGAAUUCCGGCCAUUCAACAUAUGUUCCAUAAAAACUCCUAAAACCCUCAAUGACCCACACCCACAACAAAGACAGUUCUGGGGUCCACCUCCUUCUGUGAAAAAUCCUCAGAGUUUAUCAGCACCAGAACACAAAAAUAGUUUACAAAUGCAUCUAAACUUAAACAGCUAUGAUCUGGAAGGCAUAAGGCAAGCACAGGAACAGAAGAACAACUGGGGAGGACCAAUGAGUAAGGAGACUUCCAGACACCUUCAUCUGGAUGAAGAUGAAAGAAAAGAAAAUAUGUCACGUUCACAGAAAUUUCACGUACGACUAAGGGCAGAGAAACCAAUGGCUGACAAGGAAAUUCCCUUGCAUAAAACGUAUGAAAACUUUGCUCAAUUUCCCUUGCUUUAUAUGAAGUCUUGCACAACAGCCAAACAUUCUUCAGCUUCAGUACCUGUUGAAAUUACAGGAAAGGACACAGAUUCCAGAGAUCUUUGGCAGACAGGAUUACCAUUGCUUUAUGCUAAUUUACCUCCACUCAUCAAGUUUCAAACACCAAAGCUCAUCCCCCUUCAAGAACUCAUAGCAUUUCAGCAAAGCCGCCAAGCUGUCCAUGUCUCUCACGUUAGGUGUAAAGACCAUCCUGAAAAGUUUCAGUUACUGAAGGCAGACAUUACAACAUAUGAAGCAAGAGAAGACAAAAAUAGUAAAAAACGACAGAAGAGGCGUGUUGAGAAACAGAUCAAGAAGGAAGAAAGGAAGAAAACACCUGUAACUCUUCAACAAGAUGAUUCCACUGAUUUAGUUGAUACUUUAGAGCAAACAAAGACUAAUGGAACAGAAUUCAGCUAUGAUCUCAGUGAUACUAAUGUCCUAUUGAACCCAGAGACAGUUAUUUCUUCAGCAGAACUACAUUACUUGGCUUCUGUAAGAAAAAUGCCCACACAUCUUCAAGAGACUAGCACAAAUACAGAUACUGUUCUUAAAUCACACCAGAAUAUACAAACUAACUUGGAAGAAAUAGUUGAUGAAUCUAGUAAAAAUCAACCAAUCAUCUUUGCUUCUGUUUCUACAUCUGUAACGGGUCUUCAACCAGCUGAAGAAACACAAAUGGUCUCAGAGGUUCCUUCUGAACUUAAUGAAAAACAGGGAAUCAACUGUGCAUCUCCAUCUGUAAAAGAUGUAGUACCUUCAUGUGCUCCUCAGACUUUGCCACCAGAACUGCACUUGAAUCUCACAUUCCUUACUGAAGGAACAAAGAAGACUUCACCAUUCUCGUCUGAUAUGACGGGACAAAAGUAUAUCAAUGUGAUUGAUAUAGAAGAUGGUGAUUUUGUGAAAAAUUUGCCAGAUAUCUCUGAGUCUGCUCCAAAACUCAUUACUAGACAAGCCAUGAAAGCUGAAUUCCCUACUUCUGCUGAACUACAUCACAUGGCAGCAUCUGUUACUAAUAUAAUUUCACCUGAUGAAUUUGACAGAGAAGGAGAUACUCUUCAGUCUGAAUUAGUACAAGCACCACCAAAGACGACAGAGACAGAUGCUCUUAGUGAUCCUCUCACAGUGGACUUCUUGCAUGAGGAUUUCAGUACUACUUAUUCCAGAAGAUUGUCAGCCAGAAAAAUCAGCAAAGAGCACAUUUCUGCCAAACUCCAGGAAAUGGAUAGACAGCUAUUGACAUUACAAAAUGUGGCUGAAAGAAUGGAGAAAGAAUUUAGAAAUACUAAACUGGUAGUGGAAACAGUCGAAGAAGCAGGUUUGGUGACUGAUCCCAGAAACGAUGACAUUUCAUUUUUUGCCCCAGAUGUUAACGUUUCCAAAGAAGAGUAUUAUUCAACUCGUGUGAUUAUGGAGGAUUUUACAGAAGAAGAAGAUGACCUAGAAACUAAAUCCCAGACUAGUUACCUUGCCUUACAAACACCCUCUGUUUCUUCUUCAGUGUCAGCUGCUAAUCUCCUCAGGGUCAAAACAUCAUCUCCUGAUCUUAAUUUUAAUUCAGAAGAACUGGAUGAGAGUAUUGCAGACAACCACCUGGAGAUCACCGGUUUGAGUGGGGUUUCUGACAUCAUUACUGAUCUUGUGGAGCAGGGCAUUUCUGCUUCAGAACUAGGUCUUUCAGAAACACAGGCUCAAAGAAUUUCCAGACUCUCAAGUGCAGUGAGGAGACGUUCACGUAAAAUAGAAAAGGAUAAAAAAGAGUUACAAACAUGGAUGAAAACAAAGCAAAAGGAAAGACUUGCUGAAUAUCUACAAACACUAGCUGAACAAAGGGCAAAAGAACAUGACCCUUUUCCUUUGAGAAAACAACUGACACCUGGACUUUCAUCACGAGAUAUCAAGUUACAGCAGAAAAAGAAAGACGAGAAAGAUAAAGCCUUGUUUUCUGAGCAUCAUAAUCUUAGAGUAUCUGAAGCACUCAACCUGAUGCAUGAGUUGUUGACAGACACAAUGCAACUCCCUUCAAGUGACUAUAAACUAACAUCAUCUUCUGAUUUUAAGAGACCAUGCAUAGCAUCUUCUGGAAGUAGUUUCCGUGGGUCUAGCCAAACUGCAAGAAGUAAUGCUCCUGCUAAAGCUGAUUUCCAUCAGACAAAAUCCUUCUCCAGUCUAUCUUCUGAUAUAACUCAGAAGAAAGGUCAAGUACGUCAAGCUCCUUACAGAAGAAUAUCAUCAGAAAACUAUCAAGGGCGGAUGCAAUGGAAAAGCAGUAGAAACCAGAGGCAGUGGUCAAAGAGCAGGCUCAGCUUAAAAAGCCAAGAUUCUGAUCGGAUAAGCAGACCAGGGAGUCAAAUAAGGCUUCCAACCACUCACAUAGGAAUUCAGGCCAAUGAGGAGAGUGAAGAUGAUACCAUGAGUGUUUGGAGUGUCCCCGGGGAGAUCCAGCAGAUACUGUAUGGCAGUUCUAAUGCUGUGAAGGAAUCUUUGCUUCUAGAAGAUGCUUGCUCCACUACCAGCUUUAAUAAUGUCGACAGCAUGUCUGAAAGUACCAGCAGCAUCCUUAGCAAACUUGACUGGAAAGCAGUGGAGGCCUUAGUGGCAAAUGUUGAAGAAAAAUAAAGCCACAAGUUUUUGGUUGCGCUUUGAAAUGCCAUCUGGCUGUUUAUGAUCUGCAGAUAGAACGGACGAGGGAACUUGCACAGAGCACAGCAGAGUUAACAGCAUGGGACAAUCUUUACUACAAGGAUUUCUACAUACUGUUUCAGAAAAGUUCCAAAGGAUUUUUCUUCAUGUCAGUAGUUUGAGAACAAAAUAUAAAAGCCAAAUUGUGGAAUUAUGUAAAAUGGUACAAAUGCCAACUAUACAGAGAUUUCUUGGAGCGUACAACUGUUAAAGUUGGAAACAGGAUUCUUGGAGUUCUGUACUUUAAUUUUUUUUUUCUAAGAGCAGUAGUGUAAGGCAGAAUAUAAAACAGAUGGGUACCUCAAAGUCCUCCAGAUUGGUACUGGAUUACAAUGCCCCAAAUACCUCAUUAUUGGCUAUGCUAGUUAGGUUUCCUGAAAAGAUGCAGUCCAACAUCUGGAGGACUGCAUGAUUCUCUUUAAUUGAACAGAUUUGCACAUUGACUUAAUGCUACAGAUUACUCCAGCACAAGAUGCUUUAUAAUUACAUAGUGACAUGAAUGUAAUUUUUUUUUAAAUGAUAUUUUGUAAGCUGAUUUGGGGAGUAAACUUUGUUCUUUGUUGAGAUUCAGUUGUUCUGAAGACUCUGGCUAAUACUCUAGUCUUUCACAUCUAUCAUUAGUAAUCUUCUAAACUGAUUUUAAGUUCACUGUAACCAUUUUAUCAACAAAGGUACACUAGUUGGCACAGUUUACACAACAGAUAGAUACAAUGCUGACAAGACAGAAUUGGGUGGAAUAAGAUAUAAGAUUCAGGUUCCGAUACUAAGCAUCCUUGGAGCACUUCCAAGACCAGAGGUACCUGAAAUGCACAUCCUUAGGAGCCAUUUAGUAUCCAUGUCAUGUUCCAGCUGUCUAGGGCUCACGCUUCAAUAGCUGCAUUAGCGACAGACACAAUGGAUGGCAUCCUGUUAUAAAGCUACAUUGUUGCAAAAUGACAGCUGCAUGAAGUUGAAUUGCAGCAUUGCACAAUGUUCAUAUUCUCAGAAGGGGAGCAGACACACAGCUACAGUACUGAGACCAUGGUGCAAGUGGAGCCAACAGCAUGUCUGUUGCCCUAUGGUCCCAAAGGAAAUCCUAUCUAUUUGUGCAGUGGGAAACCCCCAUUAUGCACCAGGACAUCAGUUUACUAGCAUGGUUGCACAUUACAUCAGUGAUGUAGCUGUAUUAUGGUUACACAUUGUAACUUUGAUGGAAAAUUCUGGCCAUUGUUGGUUGUUAUAAUUGUUCAGUUAUUCUCCAUUGCAUUUUCUCCUUCUGACAUAGCCAUGUAGAGAGUUUAAAAUUCUGAACUUUCUGCCUUCAGAGUUACAUUCCUGGUAGCCUUGGUUCAUCACAAGUUCCUUUUAGGGUCAGUACUUGUUUCUCAAAAAUUUCCUAACAUAUAGGUCCAGAUAGGAACACUGUAAUGUGGGGCACUGAGUUAUUUUCAAGACCAACUCAACCCAGAAAAUUGGAUUAGCUCCAAUUUGCUGUUUGCUUCCAAAAAUCACUCCACUAUCAGGUUCAUGGUGAUUUCUUCAAAAGCAAUAUGUUCCAUUGGAAUAAUAAUGUGACUUUAAGGAAAAAACAUAACCAAAGUGAACCUUAAUCCAUAGAUAAAACGUCAUUUUCUCUGUCCAGUUCCAAGGCAUCAUGCCAGAAAUAUUGCUGCUAUUGAUAUAGAAUUAGUCAAGUACAACAACUUUUUAGAAAUCAGUUGAUGCAAUUAAAUAUGGAAUGGAAUCAGAGACACUUUUAAAAGGACAACUAAGUGGAGAGUGACUUGCCCAUUAUUUUAGUAAUUUCUCUCUUGCUCUCAGCACCAGAUAACUACUUCCAUGGAAGGAUUAGAUGAUAACACAGUCUAUUUCUUGUUUAAAGCCAACAGUUAUCACAGAAUAUUCUUAAAGUAAGUUCUCUUCAUAAGAUAUGAAGUUAUGCAGUUUUAUAAAUCUUUACCUGGUUUUUUGUGUCAUGAGGUCAAAUGCUGUCUUCUAAUAAACCUGAUAUAAAAUCA